UGGUUGACAGUGAAAAAAAAAAAAUACAAGUAGGCGUCUAUUUAUAAAUAAAUAAAUAAAUAAAUAAUUAAUUCAUUAAUUUACAAAGCCGGUAUAAAUAUCACAUGACUUGUAUUGUAAAAAAAAUAUAAAAUACAAUAAAAAAAAAAAAAUAUUGAAAAUUGAUUUUUUUUAAAAAAUAUUAAUAAUUUAUUGGUAUUGUGAUUGUUUUGAAAAUUCAAAUUUUUUUCAAAUAAUAAAUUUUGGGUAGACCAAAUGAUAAUAAUAUAUUUUUUAUCAACAAAAAAAAUAAAAUAGAGUUUUUGCUUGUUGAGUGAUAAAUAUACAUGAUGACCUUUGUGUGUGCAAAAUUUAAUUGCGUCAAUGUACCUAUAAACAUAACAACAAGUGCACUUCCGCAUAUUUACAAAUGAUAAUUAAUAAUCAGAUAUAUAAUCAGCAACAGAAAAAAAAGAGUAAAGUAUUAUCGUUAUCGUGGCUUCUCGUAUACAGACAGACAAAAAUAAAAUAAAAACGACAACCAGUAAAUCAGUAUCAAUCAAUUCACCUGACAACGAGUCUAAAAUGGAUGAUGACGAUGACGAUGGUACAAUGAGUCUUGACUCCAAUGAUUUGUCUGAUCAUGAUGAACGUUUUUAUGAUUUGAGUGAUAUUUAUGGACGAACACCACCACGAGAACGACUCAAUCGAAAACAACGUGCAAAAACACAAGAUAAAAAAAAACAACAACGAAUAUGGAGUGAUACAAAAUCAUUGUCAACAAGUAAAGUUAAUAAUAAACCAGUUCUUGAUCGUCGUAUUACAAUGGAUGCAAUUAUUGUUAGUAAUUUGUAUGAUCAAGCUGAAGAAGAUAGACAACAAGAAAUUAAAGAUGCAGCUGCUAGAGAAGGAAGUCGACAAUGCAAACGUAUAUUAAAAUUAAAUCGUGGUAGUGAAAGAGAUUUGAAGCUAGAUGUUGAAGCUGCCAGUCAAUAUGCAUCACAAACUGAUAAAUCUUUAAUGUCGACAAUUAAUAAAAAGAUUCAAGGAAAAAAUAGAUUUCUUUGUUUACGAUCAAAACGAGUGGAAAUUGAUCAGACAAAACAAAUUGAAAAUUUAUCAUCAACAAGAAUUGAUAGUUUUUCAAAAAUUGAUCAUGAAUCAAACGAGGAUCAAGCAAAAAUUAUUUUACCAAGUGAUCGUGAAUUAUUUCAUUUGACAUUUUCACAAUUAAUUAAUUUGGGAUGUAAAGACAAAGAUAAAAAAAUUCAAUGUCAAAGAGAUGAAGAAAAAAUACGUUGGCAAAAUGAAGUUAAAGAUUUAAUUUGGCUCGAGCUUCAAGCUUAUCAUGCAGAUAAAAGUCCUCUUGCACAAGAUGAAUACUUGUGUAGACAACGUGAAGCAAUUGGUGAAUUAUUGAAUGAAAUAAUGGAGUAUAAAUGGGAUCCAGCUUCAUUAAAUGUUCCAUCAUCACCAUCAUACACAUCAAGUAUUUCAAUAUCAAAUGACAGUGGUUAUGGUGGUAGUAGCGGUGGAACAACACCAAUGAUUAAUGAACAAUCAUGUCCUGGAUGUUUAUCAAUGUACUGCAAUCCAUGUGGUAGAUCACAAAUGACAGCAUUACGACAAGUUGAAAGUCUUCUUGUUCGUCUUGAAGCUGCUGAAGCACUCUAUCCAAAUUCUCAGGCAUUUGGCUUAGAUUAUCAACUGUAUAAAAGUCAAAAAUUUUGUGAUAGAGUUAAAACUAUGUGUCUUUGGUACAACAUUACAAGAUAUCAUCGAUUAAAAUUAUGUAUUCUUGGUAGAUUACUUACUACACUUGUUGAUGGUGGAAAAAGCUAUGCUGAAAUUGACUCAUCAGGUUCAAACACCAGUAAUAUCGCUACAUCAGAUGUUACUGAUAAUAAUAUUGAAAUGAUUAAACAUUUAUCUCAGCAUGAAAUCACCAGCAACGUCAUUACUCCAUCCGACAGUACCAAUAGUAAUUCAAGUAAUAAUUCAAGUAAUUAUUUAUAUCCAAGAUCAUGCUCCUUGUCAACAGCAUCUUCAAUAGUUUCACUUGACAAUGAAAAUAAAAUAAAAUAUUAUUUUCGUGAAUCAUCAUUUAAAGAAUUUGAUAAACAGGGAUAUCGUAAAUAUAUUGAGGAAGUAUUAAAAACACGUGGAUUAACAAAAAGUUUAAAUUUUUUAGAUCGUUUACAUAAUACAGUAUUGAGAAAAGCAAGUUUAACAUUUAAAAAAUUAGAAGAAACAAAUGAAGCUAGCGAAGAGUAUGAGGAUGAUUGGGAAUUAAAACGAUAUGGUGUAUGGAGUCCUGAGGCAAAAUCAUUAAAUUUACCACCAUAUACAUCAGCAUUUAUAUUUUUAUCACGUGUACCACUUGAUGUUGUUCAUGAAUUUUUAAGAUUACGUCUUGAACAAAAACCAGAAAGACCAGAACCAUUGUCAGUAAGAGAAUUAAUGAGAGAAAUGAAAGAGGGUCUUGGCAUUGCCUGCAUGCAUCGUGAUAGAUUUGCUGAACAUUCGAAAACAGUAUUAGCACUUGAUGAAUCAUCAUUCAUUGAAUCAUCCCUAUCACAUGAUUCAAUACCAUCAGAUUUUGAGGAUGUUGGAGAAUUUGAUAAUAGUUUACAGUCUGUAUUUGAAGUUUAUCUUGAUUAUUUAGGUCAAUGGAUUAGCAUUGUAUUGUAUAAUAAUAUUUGUGAAAAAUCCAUUGAUGCUGAAUGGCAAUUUGUUAAAAAAAUAGCUGGUAAAAUUAAAAAUGGUUAUAAUAUUUGUGGUAUUAAAUAUUGUGGUAUAAUUGGUACACUUAUUGAUGAAGUUAAUAAAUAUUUAAUAAAUCGUCCAAAUGAAAUUAAUGAAAUUGCUGCUGAAAUUGAAGAUAAUGUACAUCAAAAUGUACAUUACAUGUAUUUAUCAUUGGGACGUGAAUGGCAAAGUAUGUUUGUUGAAACUGGAAAUAGAUUACAACGUAUACAUUGUUUAUCAAAAUCAUUAGUCAGUGCUAUUAAUGAAUGGCCAUAUGAAUCUCAACAAUUAAAUAAUUCAAUAAAAAAGCUAAAAACAAUUUUACUAACACCACGAAUUAAAAUAACAAAUUUAAUACAAAAUUUUACAGCAAAAGUUGAUGAAAGUGAUGAUAAUAAUAUGAAUAUUAAAGAUCAAGAAAUUUUAUUAGUUAAAAAAACAAGAAUACGACAAAUAUUUCAUCAAGCAUUUCGUAUGGGUUUUGAUUAUUACAAAGGUAUAUGUGAUUUAUUUUUACCCGAUGAAAGAUCAAAUAUUGUUUAUGAUUUAAUACAUUUUGCUAAAUUAUGGAUGAAUUUUGUACAAAAAAGAUGUGACAGAGGACGUGGCAUACGUCCAGGAUGGGCAUGUCAUGGACUUAAAUUUUUAACAAUUGUAUGUGAUCCAUUAAAUACAAAAUAUUUAAAUGAUUAUGAAUUUGAAGAUUUAAAAAAAACAAUGGAUUCUUGUAUAACACACGUCAUAGGUGACAAUAAAAAUAAAUCAUCACCAUCAUUAAAUAAUGAACGUCGUAUAUCAAGAUCAUCUGGUCCAUCACCAGCACAAUCACGUAGUACAACACCAUCAAUUAAAUCACGUAAUAGUAAUAUUGCUCUUGAUAAUUAUGAUAAAUUAUCUGAAUGUAAUUUAAUGAAAAGUGAAAAAAUUAUGCUGUCGUUAAAGGCCAUUGAUGAUGAAAUUGAUUCCGAUAAAAGAAAAUAUGGACUUAUUGGACGUAUUGUUGAUAGACAAAGUAUAAAUAAUAUACGUUUUAAAAUAAAAAAGAUACAAUUUACUUGGCAACGUGGUAUACGUAUUGGUGAGGGUGCAUUUGGUAAAGUUUAUACUGUUGUUAAUAAUCAAACUGGUGAAUUAUUGGCAAUGAAAGAAAUGCCAUUACAGCCCGGUAAUAGAAGUUCAAUAAGUAGUGUUGUUAAAGAACUUGAAAUAUUUGAAGGUAUACAUCAUAAAAAUUUAGUUGGUUAUUAUGGUAUGGAAAUACAUCGUGAAGAAUUGUUGAUAUUUAUGGAGUUGUGUACAGAGGGAACACUUGAAAAUCUUAUAAAAGGUAAUGGUAAUUUUGGUUUAUCAGAUGUAUUUAUAAGAAAAUAUACACAUCAAUUGGUAUUGGCUGUUAGUGUUCUUCAUGGACAUGGUAUUGUACAUAGAGAUGUUAAAAGUGCAAAUAUAUUUUUGACGGAUCAAGGUAGAUGUUUAAAGCUUGGUGAUUUUGGUUCAGCAGUUAAAAUAAAUACUCACACAACAAUGCCAGGUGAAGUCAAAGAUUUUGUUGGCACUCAGGCGUACAUGGCACCAGAGGUGUUUAUGAAAAAUGACAGUGGUGGUCAUGGUAGAGCUGCUGAUAUUUGGUCUGUAGCAUGUUGUGUUAUUGAAAUGGCAAGUGGUAAAAGACCAUGGCAUGAAUUUGAAUCAACUUAUCAAAUAAUGUUUAAAGUUGGCAUGGGUGCAACUCCACAAAUUCCAGAUAAUUUAUCUCAAGAUGGAGUUGAUUUUUUGAAAAAAUGCCUUCAACAUGAUCCAAAAUAUCGUCCAACAGCAAAUGCAUUAUUAUCACAUGUAUUCAUACGUAAUGGUAAUGACAUUAGUAUUGAACAGUAAUUUUUAUUUUUUAUUUUUGUUCUUGCCAAAAGUCAAUUUUAAAAGAAAAAUAUUUUAAUAUAAAAAUUGUAUAUUAUCUUUUUUUUUUUUUAUAUAGGUAUAUAAUUUAAUUUAGUCUAUUUUUAUUAUAAUGACAUUAUAAAUAUUUUAACGAAAA